AUGUCAUCGCGCAGCGUGGGAUUUUGCGGCUUCCUGACAGCCCAGGCUGUCGCUUGACUUGAUCUUGGGUUUCACCAAGCCACGAAGGACUAGCGUCCCUCUCUCCUAUCCCAAGGGCAUUAAGCCUGUCUGGAUGAAGUAGGAGAGGAAAGAUUUACACGCAGUUCCCAACUUUACGUGACGUGACUAGGGAGGGAAUUGACGGUCGCACCGUCUACCUAGCCCAAACGGGGUCACAGCCGGACAAGGAAGUAGCAGAUCUCCCAGAUGCGGUCUCUUCGCUCCGCUCCGCUCCACCCGCACCAGCAGCGGCCCACCCACCUCUCCUGUAAGAGGAAGAACGUCCCGGAGACACUUCCGGCCCCGCCCCCCGAGGCGGAAGCGGAGUGCCAGGCUACUCCUCCCGCAGUGUGGGUGGUUUCGAGGCUGACUACCCUGCGGCGGCGCGGCUCGCAGUCCUUCUUGGCAUGGACCGCACUUGUGAGGAGAGGCCCGCUGAGGAUGGGAGCGACGAGGAGGACCCAGACUCCAUGGAAGCCCCAACCCGGAUCCGGGACACUCCGGAAGACAUCGUGCUGGAAGCUCCGGCUAGUGGGCUGGCGUUCCAUCCGGCCCGUGACCUACUGGCUGCAGGGGACGUGGACGGGGACGUGUUCGUCUUUUCCUACUCUUGCCAAGAGGGAGAAACCAAGGAGCUCUGGUCAUCGGGUCACCAUCUCAAGGCCUGCCGAGCUGUGGCCUUCUCUGAAGAUGGGCAGAAGCUCAUUACUGUCUCCAAGGACAAAGCCAUCCACGUUCUAGAUGUGGAGCAGGGCCGACUGGAAAGACGUGUUUCCAAGGCUCAUGGUGCCCCCAUCAACAGUCUUCUGCUGGUGGAUGAGAAUGUUCUGGCCACUGGGGAUGACACAGGUGGUAUCCGUCUCUGGGACCAGCGGAAGGAGGGCCCCUUAAUGGAUAUGAGGCAACAUGAAGAGUACAUCGCAGACAUGGCUCUGGAUCCAGCCAAAAAGCUGCUGCUGACAGCCAGCGGGGAUGGCUGCCUUGGCGUCUUCAACAUUAAGAGGCGUCGGUUUGAGCUGCUCUCAGAACCUCAGUCUGGGGACCUGACCUCUGUCACUCUCAUGAAAUGGGGGAAGAAGGUGGCCUGUGGCUCCAGUGAAGGUACCAUCUACCUCUUCAAUUGGAAUGGCUUUGGGGCCACAAGUGACCGCUUUGCCCUGAGAGCUGAAUCUAUCGACUGCAUGGUUCCAGUCACCGAGAGUCUGCUGUGUACUGGCUCCACUGAUGGAGUCAUCAGGGCUGUGAACAUCCUACCGAACCGAGUGGUGGGCAGUGUGGGCCAGCACACUGGGGAGCCUGUGGAGGAGCUGGCCCUCUCCCACUGUGGCCGCUUCCUGGCCAGUAGUGGCCAUGACCAGCACCUCAAGUUUUGGGACAUGGCCCAGCUGCGAGCUGUGGUGGUGGAUGACUACCGUCGGCGCAAAAAAAAGGGAGGACCACUGCGGGCUUUGAGCAGCAAGACUUGGAGCACCGAUGACUUCUUCGCAGGACUGAGGGAAGAGGGAGAAGACUCCAUGGCUCAGGAAGAAAAGGAGGAGACUGGGGAUGACAGUGACUGAAGGAAUGAAUUGAAUCUUGAGACGGGUCCUCACCAGGCAAGAGUCUUGCUUAUUGGGCUGCAUCCCAGAGAGGAUAUGAAUUAUUAUUUUUUGAAAAGACAGGGUUUUGCCGUCGUCCAGGCUGGAGUGCGCUGGCUUGAUCUUGCCUCACUGCAGCCUCAGUGUCCCCAGGCUCAGGUUGUCCUUCCACCUUAGCCUCUGGAGUAGCUGGGACUACAGGUGUGCACUACCACACCAGGCCAAUUUUUUUUUUUUUUUUUUUUGGUAGAAACAGGGGUCUGUGUUGCCCAGGCUGGUCUUCAACUCCUGGACUCAAAUGAUCCACCUGCCUCUGCUUCCCAAAGUGCUGGGAUUACAGGCACGAGCCACCACACCUGGCCAAAAAAAUUUAUAUUUUUUGAGACAAGGUCUCACUCUGUCACCCAGGCUGGAGUACAGUGGGUCGAUCAUGGCUCACUGCAUCCUUGACUUCCUGGGCUCAAGUGAUCCACCUCCUGCCUGGUAGCUGAGACUUAACAGGCAUCUGCCACCAUGCUUGACUAAUUUUUGUGAUUAUUAUUUUUUUUUUUUGGUAGAGACCAGGGGUUUCACUAUGUUGACCAAGCUGGUCUUGAACUCCUGGGCUCAAGUGAUCCUCCUGCCUUGGCCUCCCAAAAUGCUGGGAUUACAGGCAUGAGCCACUGUGCCUGGCUGGAUAUGAAAUUUUUUUUUUUUUUUUUUUGAGACGGGGUUUCGCUCUUGUUGCCAGGGCUGGAGUGCAAUGGCGUGAUCUUGGCUCACUGCAACCUCCGCCUCCCGGGUUCAAGCAAUUCUCCUGCCUCAGCCUCCCAAGUAGCUGGGAUUACAGGUGUCUGCCACCAUGCCAGGCUAAUUUUUAUAUUUUCAGUAGAGACGGGGUUUCUCCAUGCUGGCCAGGCUGGUCUCGAACUCCUGACCUCAGGUGAUCCACCCACCUCAGCCUCCCAAAGUGCUGGGAUUACAGGCAAAAGCCAACACACCCGGCCUGGAUAUGAAUUCAUAAUACCCUACAGUGCAGCACAAGAAGAUGCACUCAAAGCACUGAUGUGAGGAAGUACUUGCCCCGUAGCAGCUAUUCACUCUACCAGUGUAAACAAACUCUAAGCUAGGGCAAGACAGCACAGACACAAGUAUAUACUAACCAGGGGUUUAAUAUAAAUACAACCAGCAUAGAAAGACCCAAAACUAUACAGAAACCAAAACCAGAAUGCCAUGUGGUGGAGGCAAAGGGCAGAAUUUCUGACCCCUUUGGCUCAGCUGCCCUUCCCCACAAAUAAAAACCAACAAAGAGAACAAA